AUGGCAGAUGCGUCAUCGCAACAUGGGCGUGAGUUUGAGCACAUCAUUCUUGCCAGCAUUAAAAAGCAAGAUCUGGGACGGCUUUACCUUGCUGCAAAUGCCCUUUUCGACGUCUGGCAACGGGUUGAGAAUGAUGAUAGCGAGGCUCUGGCAGAAGAGACCCAGCUCUUGGCAGACCUUGCGGCUGGCAUCGAGCAGCAUCAUUUGCCAAUUAUGGCAUUGGGGAUGAUUUGUUUGAUGACAUUCCAGAUGACCUUUGCACAAUCUGCACAAUGCCACAGACCGAUUGCUCGAGCAUUUGCCGUAUGUCGGAAAAGCGUACCGCGUCUAGUGGCAAUUUGUCGUUUCCUGUGCAAUCACGAGACCAAGCAGCGCCUGGUCUCCACAUGUUUCUCCGGUCCUGUAAGCCGGUGUUUUGAGUCGGACAUAUUGAAUUUCCAUGCCAAGGUUAAUGAAGGGCGGUGGGGCUCGGUGGCUUUUGCCGUGCCUGAGCUUUUGCAUUUGCAGAAGCCGUUGCGUACAUUUUGGGAUUUGCCAGCCUUCAGCAAUGGCCAAGAAGCCGGUCGUCCUGAUGAGUCGGGCGCCGGUGCGAGGCUCGAUUUCGUCCAUGAAAGCAUCGAGCUAGCUGACGUCUGGGCGCAACUGCUGACAUUGGGCUGCCUUUUCAAAUUGGUGCGAGAGCUUCUUGAUUCGUUGGAGUCGUGCCCAUGCCACCACAAUCGAGUUGCGCCGCCGGGCAGGAAACGGGCCUGGGAAAGCUGCCCCCUGCGUGGGCGGCGUCUGCCAGAGAUCGCUUGUGGUGAGAUGUUCGAAGUUAUCAACCAGCUUUGCCUAGUGAGUGCUUCACAGCUUUUCCUGGCAUUGUCAGAUGAUGUUUCCGGUGAGUGCCGCUCGUCUUGCCUCCUGGAUUUUGAACACGGGCAACUGGGUCGAAUGGGAAUCCGAACCGUGCACGAUCUGAAGCAGUGGCCACUAGAUGUGCUUCAGUCCUUGACAAAGCCAGACCGUGACGAAGAGAUAGAGUUGUGCCCCACGGCUGAUGGGAAUUUCUCCGAUCGCAAGUUGCGAAGCUCAGACGCGUCCGUGUGGAUGCGCGACAUCCUGUCAGACCUCUGCAGUUGUGAAGAGCUCUCGAACAUAGCCACGCACAGCUGCAAGGCCACUUGUUUGGCCUGGCUGACCAAAGGUGCCGCGCCCAACGCUAUGUGCCGCAGAGCUGGGUACCAUGUGGGAUCUGAAGGCCGGUCCGAGCUUGAAUAUGCGCAUAAUGCAGCUGCCCCGCUCAUUCAGCGGCUCUUCCAAACCCUCGAGCUCAUCCACGAAGGACUCUUCUAUCCUGAUGAGCCGCGCUUGCAAAGGUGGUACCAGUGCGAGGACUUUGACUCAGGUGUCGCCAGCCUUCGGCGGCGGGAUGGCGCCGAAGCCAAGCGUCUCAAGACGGCUAUCCCCCAGCAGGUUGGCCGUCUGUUGGACAAUUCCUCGUCAGAUUCUCAGUCCAGCGAAGAAGUUGUGGACGAGACCGGCAGCGCUGACUCUGAGCUUGACGGGUUUUUAGCGGAGACUCACGCUCUGAAUGAGACGGUAGAGUCGUCGUCGCUCGAUGGUUACAUGUACUACCGGCACUCGGUGCGUAACACAGUGUGUCGUGCCCGACGCACCAACGAUGAUGACGCUACUGUGUUUGUUUGUGGCCGCCUUGCCACAGCUACCCAUCUAGAGCUGGGAGGGCGUCCAAAUGUCAUUGUCAAUCCCUGCUUGUCAUGCUUUAAAUGA